AUGACUCACAUUGAGUAUCGUAUGGAAAGUGAAGUGCUGGUGCUCCUCGUGGGGGUCUCCAAGUUGGAAUUCGGCUCUGUCGAUGACGACUGGUGGUACAUGACGCGAAUACAGCAGUAUGCGGCUUGUCUGUAUUUUAUGAUAUCAACCAUCACGACGGUCGGCUACGGUGACAUCCACGCGUCGAAUCACCACGAAAGAGUAUUUUGCAUAAUAUGCGAAAUAGUAGCCGGCAAUUUGUUUGCAUUGUUUUCUGGUCUACUAUGUUCGUUAAUUUUGACAUAUGAUGAAGUUGGUGCCGACUUCAGAGCUCGGUUGAAGACCGCGAUGAAGUACAUGCACAGCAACAACGUCGAUCACAGAGUGCAAGUUCAAGUGAGGCGGUUCCUCGAGAGGCUCUUUCAGAACCAGGCUAACGAGCAGGCCAAGUCUGACUUACUCACGAUGCUACGAACAUCUGAUGGGCUUCGUAAUAGAGUAUUGGUAGGAGUGAUGGGGAGGAUGCUGAAACACUACAAGUGGUUUGACGUGAAGAUUACAGAUAUUCAGCUCGGCCGAGUUGCCUCUGUCGUUUUAACCAAGUGA